AUGGUGAGGGUGGCUGGAGGUGGUGGUGUGUGGUGUGGUGUUGGUGCGGGUGGUGCAGCGAAGAGAAAAGGGGAGAGGCAGGGGAGUGCGAAGCGGGGAAGCAGGGGACGGUGGUUGAGUACGGUGGUGUUUCUGGCUGGCCGAGUGGUGCUGGGGUGGUGGUCGAACAGUGGUGGGAAUGGUGGUGGUCGGUGGCUGUUGUGGUGGUUAAUGGUGGUUGCAGCACGGUGGUGCCGUGAAAGGAAGAAGGAGGGAAUCAGAAUCCCGUAUGAUUUUCCCAUACAUUUGGUACCCGAGAUUUUGUCGUGGUUGCCCGUGAAAACUCUAUUGCAAUAUAAAUGUGUUUGCAAAUCUUGGCAUGCAAUUAUCAAAAAUGUGUAUUUCAUAUCCAAGCAUCUAGAAAACUACUAUAACAACAACGAUGAUUUCCGAGAUUGUUACAUUGCUCAAUUUAACGUAGGAAGUCAGUUUGGUGAACUUGGGAAUUAUGAAAUGCUUGUCCAUAGUAGCUUACAAAGAGUUUUAGCAUAUGAACAAAUAGAAACACCAGAGCGUAAUACGUUUAUUGUUGGUCCAUGUCAUGGAAUAUUUUACCAAUGGUGUUGGUAUCAAGGUGACAAAGGACGCUAUCUGUGGAAUCCGGCACUCAAAGAGUUGAAACAGUUACCACCACUGAUUAAGAAGCCUGAUGUUCCAUCCCAUAUAACUUUUUGCAAUGAGCAGUAUGGAUUCGGAUAUGAUCCCUUUACUAAGGAUUACAAGGUUAUUGUCAUCGUGCACUACAAGAAUAUAAGCGUGUAUUGGAUAGGGUCACAUGAACCUGGUAUUUUCAAUUCUGACGUGGUCGUCAGUUUUGAUUUGGGUACUGAGAUUUGUAAAGAGAUGCAAUUACCUAAUUACGACAAGUGGGAAUAUGAAAAACUUGCACUUGCAACAUUGCACGAUUCUGUUUCUUUGAUUCUUGUUCAACAUAGCAAGUGUCUUACAAUGUGGACAUUGAAUGAAGGUUUAUGGAUCAAGAAGUUCACUACAAAUUUGGAUUUUGAGCAAUUAGGAUUUUUUGGUCAUUGGAACAAUAAGCUUUUAUUUUCACGGUAUCUUGGUAACAUCUUAUAUGACCCUGAAACACAAGAAUGGUGGCGGAUUUCACAUCCGGAAACUCAGUGUUGGGCUGUUUCUGCUUAUAAACAAAGCUUAGUUUCGGUCAAAUAA